ACUGUGAAAAGUAGCUUUGAUUGGGUGAUUCGUUUUACUAUACAUUGAACAGUUGGACACGUCAAAUAGUGCAAGGAAUUUAAUGGAAAUUCAUCGUUGUCGUCAACUAAUGGAUAUUUUUCAAUUAAAAGAAUAUUAAAUCAAUAUAUGAUAUACGAAAAAGACAACCGAUCCUUUAAUGAUGUAUACUUUAUUGUGUAAAGCUGAAAAUUAAUUCAUAAAUUUAAUUGCAUUGCAUUUUCUACACUGAUUCAUGGAACUCUGGAAAAUGCCACUUACUAUUUGCCUCUAUUGAAACAGGAAUGAGUUAUUACCUUAAAAGUUUAAGAAAUGCCAGCGUUGGCUAUUCUAAUUUCAUCUUUUUUCGUCAUUUGUCUUGGACGAAUCCCAGAUGAGCAAAAGUUACUGGAAGUUUUGUUAAAAGACUACAACCCAGGUGCAAGACCCGUAUUCAACGCUUCUCACAUAUUAUUGGCUAAAUUUGGAUUAACACUCAUUCAGAUCUCAGACAUGGAUGAAGUUAACCAGGUAUUAACAACCAACGUUUGGCUUGAACAGGAAUGGAUUGACGAGAGACUAGUGUGGAACCCUGCUGAUUACAAUGGACUAGAAAUACUGAGGAUGCCUUGUGAAAAAAUCUGGCUACCAGAUAUAGUGCUGUAUAACAGUGCUGACGACUUUACCUCAGGUUAUAUGCAGAGUAAAGCUAUGGUAUCGUGUAAUGGAACAGUUUUCUGGCCACCUCCUGCAAAAUUUAGAAGUUCAUGUAAAAUUGAUAUAACAUUUUUCCCUUUUGACGACCAAACAUGUGUAAUGAAGUUUGGAUCGUGGACAUAUGAUGGAUUUCAGGUUGAUUUAACAAACCGUUCAACUUUUGUAGAUUUAUCUAACUAUGUGUACAGCGGAGAAUGGGAACUUCUUGAUAUACGAGUUGUCCGAAAUGAAGUAUACUACGCAUGUUGUCCGGUACCGUAUCCAGAUGUUACGUUUACUAUAGUUAUACGCCGAAAAACACUAUACUAUUUAUUCAAUAUAAUAUUUCCUUGUUUGUGGCUGUCUAUACUAAGUUUGUUAGGUUUCUGGUUGCCACCAGAUUCAGGGGAGAAAAUUACGCUUGGAAUAACCGUUCUUUUGGCGUUUUCUGUGUUUAUGUUACUUAUUGCGGAAAAUAUGCCAGCAACAUCCGAGUUUGUCCCAUUGAUUGGAAUAUAUUUGACCUGUACAAUGGGAAUGACAUCCAUGUCCAUCAUUCUCACAGUGUUUGUUCUUCAAUUACACCAUGUCGGACCACACCAAAGACCAGUUCCAAAAUGGCUUCGAAUAAUCUGUUUCAAUUUUCUUGGAAAGAUUAUGUGUUUGCGACCUCCGAGACCGUUGAAUGGACUUCAUUGUCACUAUCCACAAAAUGAUAUUUAUUUGGCGCAGUUUUACGAAGACAUUACGGGCAAUAACUGCAAUGGAAGUAUUCCAAACUUUCGUAACAAUGGUAACUACAGUACUGAGAAGGACGCCAAUCACGUACACGAGAAAAUUACAUCGGAAGUAGAAGUUGACAAUACACAGGAGCGCAUUACAAAUCACUUAAAACUUUUAAUUGAUAAACAGGAUUAUGAAGACAGGCAUCAGUGUAUAGUGAACGAUUGGCGAUUUGUUGCUUUAACUAUGGAUAGAAUAUUAUUUUGGUUAUUUUUAUCAGCAACAACAUUAUCAUCUAUUGCCAUCUUAAUUAUCCAGCCAAUGAUGAAACCAAAAGUUUAAAGACACUUACAAAUGUCAUUUUGCCUUUCAGUUUAUCUUUCACAUACAUAUUUAGUUAAAUUUUAUCAUGAUGCGUAACACAUUUUCAAUAUUUCUAACCUUUUAAUUAUUUCGUAGAGAGUAUCUGUGAUAUAAGUAGUAGAAAUUGGAAUAAAAUAAGUAUUUAACAGGGUUGCUUUGAGUAAGAUAGAAAAUAAGUAAAAUGUCUAUACUUGCAAUAUUUAGUGUUGAUGUUAAAUUUUUGAAUUUCUCUACUGAAUUAUUUUACAACUCGUCUAGAAAGAUAUUCGUUUCUCAUUCGUCAUUUAAUUUUAAUGAUGAUUCUGUAAAACUACUGGACUAAUUCUAAAUGGCAGGAUAAGAAAAAAAAAUAUAACUUAGUAUUUUGCCUAGUGACAAUUACUGCUGUUGCUAUACAGUUAAAGACCAAUAUGGCGGAAUACAUUUUCUAAUGAUUUCUGUAUAAAAUAAUGCUUGAUGCCUCUUUUGAUCUCUGCUAUCAUGACUCCUGCAACGGAAUAUUUGUUUUUGAUAAGAGCGUCAGAGAGAAAAUUACAUUAAACUUUUCUCUUUUGAGGUUUUUGUGUUAGUUUAAAUCAAGGUUAGUCAGAACCAUUCCUCGGAAGUUUGGUUUCCAAUUUAGAUCCCUUAAUACUGGUUUUCAACCACCAAGGCCAUAUUAUUGUAGGAAAGACAACACUUGCUGUAAAACACAUGCGGAAUCUAUUGACUUAAUUUGAGAGAAAUUUGAGUAAGACAAUUCAUUUGGCCAAUUUAAACUUGUCUGGGUAAACAAAAUGUUUAAACUGUUUUCCUUUCAAAUAAGUACAACAGAUGACCCAACGCAUCAAAUACUGACGCCACAGAGGAAUUCAGAAAUUUAGAAUUUACAUAAAGUUAAUUAUAAUCUUCUUAACAACAAUUUAGAUAUAAUUUCGUGUGAAGAAAUUCAGGGUAAAUAUGUUACCAGAGAACAUUUUCUGAAAACAGAAAACUGAGCAAUUCUUACACUAUUGUAUUACAUGUUGUUGUUUUUAAAUUGUAUAAUACAUGCAUGUAUUACAUUUAUGAGCCUCAAUAUGAAUGAAGGGUUAUUAAUUUUUAGCUCACCGGGGCCCGAAGGGCCCCAUGUGAGCUUAUGCCAUUACUUGGCGUCCGUCGUCGUCCGUCGUCUGUCGUCGUAAACUAUUUCAAAAAUCUUCUCCUCUGAAACUACUGGGCCAAAUACCUUCAAACUUUAACUAAAUGUUCCUUAGGGUAUCUAGUUUAUAAAUUUUAUCCGAAGUUUUGAUCCAUCGACAAACAUGGCCGCCAUGGAUAAAAAUAGAACAUAGGGGUCAAAUGCAGUUUUUGGCUUAUAUCUCAAAAACUAAAGCUUUUAGAGCAAAUCUGACAUCGAGUAAAAAUGUUCAAUUGGUCAAGAUCUUUCAGACGAAUCGAACAACUCAUUGUUGGGUUGCUGCCACCGAAUUGGUAGUUUUAACAAAAUUUUGCAGUUUUUUGUUAUUAUUUUGAAUAUUAUUAUAGAUAUAUAUAAACUGUAAGCAGCAAUAAUGUUCAGCAAAGUAAGAUCUACAAAAAAGUUAAUAUGACCAUAAUUGUCAAUUGACUCCUUAAGGAGUUAUUGCCCUUUAAAGACAAUUUUACACAAUUUGUUCAUCAAGUUUGCUAACAUUUAAAUAUCUUCUCCUCUGAAAUACAGGUGAGCGAUUCAGGCUCUUGAGAGCCUCUUGUUACGUAUACUAUCUGUAAUAUUUUGAAUGAAUAUGAAAUAUGCAUCUUAGCUAAAACACAUCAUUAAAUAUAUUGAUAUAAA